AGAGAGAGAGAGGUGUUAAUAAAUAAGAGAGUAGAAGAAGAUAAUGCAAUGGGGAGUUUGGAAUGUGCAAAGUGCAACGCCAACGCCAACGCCAACGCGCUUCCUGAAUUUGAAUCAGAGAUAUUAUGAGUUGCUUCCAUUUCCAGGUGCUUACAAAAUUUCACACAAAAACUCAUUACUAUUAUUAUUCAGCUGUACCAAAUCCAGGGGGAGGAGGAGGAGGACAGGGUCUGGGUUUGGGUUUGGGUUUCCUAAUCUUAAUCCUUAUGCUCUGCCGCCUCCUCAAACUGGACGGUCCGAAUCCGAAUCCGAAUCCGAAUCAGAUGACAAGGAUAACGACGAACCAGAAACAACUACAACUCCUGUGAAAGAAACUAAUAAUUCGGCAACAAUAAUCUCCUCAUGCUUGGUUGGUCUUCUUACCGGCAUCGCUGUCGUUCUCUUCAAUAACACUGUUCAUGAGAUACGUGAGUUUUGCUGGGAUGGGAUUCCCUCACGAGGUGCGUCCUGGUUGAGAGAAGAACCCAUUCAACUCAUAUGGAAGCAAGUCAUUUUGGUCCCUGCUUCUGGUGGCUUCAUUGUUACCUUAUUGACUCUGCUUCAAACUACUACUGAGCAUGCUCCUUCUCUUCUGGACCAACACCAACACUCUCCAUCUUCAUCUUCAUCUUCCCUAUCCAAUCAUCUUAAGGCUGCCUUCCGACCUUUCAUAAAGACCCUCUCUGCUUGUGCCACUCUCGGCACUGGCAAUUCCUUGGGCCCUGAAGGUCCUAGUGUUGAGAUAGGCACUUCCAUUGCCAAGGGUGUUGCCACUUUGUUCGACAAAUAUCCCCACAGAAACCUCUCCCUUGUUGCUGCCGGAUCAGCCGCUGGAAUCUCUUCUGGGUUCAAUGCUGCUUUCGCUGGUUGUUUUUUUGCUGUAGAGUCAGUGUUGUGGCCAUCACCAAAAGAGCCUUCUGUAUCACUUACAAAUACCACUUCCAUGGUUAUACUUAGCGCUGUGAUUGCUUCUGUAGUUUCAGAAGUUGGUCUUGGUUCUGAACCGGCAUUUAAGGUCCCAGAAUAUGACUUCCGCUCACCCAGUGAGCUCCCACUUUAUUUGUUGCUGGGUAUCCUAUGCGGCUUAGUUUCAUUGGCCUUAUCUAGGUGCACGUCAUACAUGUUGGUAAUUGUUGACAAUAUUCACAAUUCCUUUGGCAUACCAAAAGCCCUGUUCCCUGUAAUGGGUGGCAUAACCGUUGGGUUGAUAGCCUUGGCAUAUCCAGAAAUCCUUUACUGGGGCUUUCAGAAUGUUGACAUUUUGUUGGAAUCUCGUCCGUUUGUGAAAGGUUUGUCAGCUGAUAUAUUGGUUCAGUUGGUAGCAGUCAAGAUAGUAGCAACCUCUUUGUGCCGGGCCUCUGGAUUAGUAGGAGGCUACUAUGCGCCAUCCCUCUUUAUUGGUGCUGCAACAGGAAUGGCAUAUGGGAAAUUCAUCAGUUUGGCAGUUGCUCAGUCCAAUUCUAUGAUUCCUCCCUCCAUCUUGGAAGUGGCAUCACCACAAGCAUAUGGACUGGUUGGAAUGGCUGCUACUCUUGCAGGGGUGUGUCAGGUACCUCUCACUGCAGUUCUAUUGCUUUUUGAAUUGACACAGGACUAUCGGAUAGUUCUACCUCUACUUGGAGCUGUAGGAUUAUCUUCAUGGGUUACUUCUGGACAGACAAGGAGAAGAGACGUCAAGGAGAUUAAAAAACUCAAGCUAGAUAGUUCUAAUACAAAACAACUCACUACAAAAGCAUCUUAUAUUAGUGAUCUUUGUGAAAUUGAAAGUUCGCUUUGUGUAAAUGGUUCUGAUAUUGAAGCUAAGGAGUUAGAAAUGGGAAUUUCCGUUUCGGAAGCCAUGAGAACAAGAUAUGUCACUGUCUUUAUGAGCACUUCACUUAAAGAUACAGUGACUCUCAUGCUUGCAGAGAAGCAGUCCUGCGCAAUGAUUGUUGACGAGAGUAAUAUUUUGAUUGGUUUACUGACACUUGGAGAAAUUGAAGUGUUCAGCAAAAAUUUUAAAGAAAGAAGUGAAAGACCAAAGGUGCUUUCAGUAUCUGAAAUGUGUUCUUUGGAUGGGGAAAUAUGUCGAGUCCCAUGGACUGCUACACCCAGCAUGGAUCUUCUUUCUGCUCAAAUUUCUAUGAACAAGUAUGGAAUGAGUCAAGUUCCAGUUGUUAAAGAGCAUGUUGAAGAUUGCAGAGGGCACCCAGUUGGCCUCUUAGAUGCUGAAUGUAUCAAUCUAACUUGCAGAGCUCAAGCAACCAGAGAAUCCCUCAGCUAUUAUUCCACAUUAGAAACAGAGUCACUAAUUGAGGAAGAUGAGUAUGUCUAGCGUAAUAUUUGCAAAGAUAAACAAGAAUACCUGACAACUAGAUAUCAUAUGAUUCUUGGCUAUCCAUUCCCAGGCUCAGUCCAGCUCACAAAGGCACAUGCCCGGUUCUUGCCUAAUCAGAUAUGGUCAAAAAGGUUAUUGCACAUUAUGUUGAAUCUCCAGAAUCAUUAAAGGUUGGGACUCUCCGACCAUUUUGGUUGUAUAAUAUAUUCAGGUGAAGAGCUUUUUCUUCAAUAGCUGAGAGACUAACCUGGGCAAGUACCAUAUACAAUCCAUGGACGGAAAUUAAUAGAGAGAUUUUGGUUAGGACU